AUGACACAAUCUGCAUUAGAUCAAUUAAAACGCUUAACCACUAUCGUUGCUGAUACAGGUGAUUUAAACGCAAUUCAACAAUUUCGCCCUUUGGAUGCAACGACUAACCCUUCACUCAUUACAGCAGCAGCACAACAGCCUGAAAGUCGUGAGCUAAUUGAAGAUGCCUAUGCUCAAGCAAAAAAAGAAGGUUAUGAAUUAGAUGCACUCGUCGAACGCACCAUCGAUAUUCUCACCGUCAAACUCGGUGUAGAAAUUUUAAAUAUUGUAGAAGGUCGUGUUUCAACAGAAGUAGAUGCAGCCCUUUCCUAUAAUACCGAAGAAACCAUUGCCAAGGCUAAAGAGCUACUUGCAUUGUAUAAAGAAUAUGGGAUCGAUCAAGACCGUAUUCUGAUCAAAAUUGCUUCUACAUGGGAAGGUAUUCAAGCUGCGAAAGUACUUGAAUCAGAAGGUAUUCAUUGUAACUUAACCCUGCUUUUUGGUUUACACCAAGCCAAAGCCUGUGCAGAUGCCAAUGUUACUUUGAUUUCUCCAUUUGUCGGUCGUAUUUUAGAUUGGUUUAAAAAAGCUGAAAAUGUAGAAAGCUAUCCAAUUGAGAAAGAUCCAGGCGUAUUGUCUGUUAAACAAAUUUAUCAUUACUACAAACAGCAUCAAAUUAAAACUGAAGUGAUGGGUGCUAGCUUCCGUAGCAUUGACCAAGUUUUAGGUUUAGCUGGUUGUGAUCUUUUAACCGUUGCACCAGGUCUGCUUGAAAAAUUGAACAAUGAUCAACGUCAUGUUGUUUCUCAACUCAGCUUAGACACUGAACUGACUGCUCAAGAACAUCAAGAGAUUUCUAAAGCUGAAUUUAAACAACAAUUGGAAGCUGAUUUAAUGGCAUUCCAAUUAUUGCAAAGCGGGAUUGACGAUGCGCUUUUGAAUGUUGUGUUUGGUAUUACCGAUAUUGUGACAUAUAUACUAGGGACUAUUUUUAUCGUCAUUUUACCCGGUCCUAACUCAUUGUAUGUGAUGUCAAUUGCCUCUCGAUUUGGAAUUAAAACGGGCUAUAUCGGUGCUUUAGGCGUCUUUACAGGAGAUUUAAUCCUGAUUCUCUGCACUGUUUUAGGUGCUGCCUCUCUACUACAUGCCUUUCCUUGGUUAUUUAUCAUUCUCAAAGUUGUUGGUGCAAGCUAUCUGUCUUAUCUCGGUAUUCGUUUACUGAUCGCAAGUAUCAAAACUUGGCAAAGCAAACCACAAACGCUGCAAACAAAUACAUCGAAUACUGCAUCUAACGAACAAUUCCAUCCAUUUCGAACAGCACUCACCAUUAGCUUACUCAACCCAAAAGCAAUUUUAUUUUAUCUCUCGUUCUUUGUUCAGUUUGUCGAUCCUGAUUACCCUUACCCUGCUUUAAGUUUUGCGGCACUUUCAGUGAUUCUGCAAAUCAUCAGUAUGGGUUAUUUGACGAUCUUAAUCUUCUCAGGCGUUAAACUCGCCACUUUUUUCAAUACACGCUACAAAAUUGCUGCAGGUUGUGUUGCUUGUGUAGGCCUACUGUUCUGUGCUUUUGGAAUAAAGCUUGCCGUUUCAACCAUGUAA